GGCGUCACAUCCUCCACCCCCGCACGCCGUUGCCAUGGACCGCGGCGGGAAAUUUUGGCGCUCGCUGUGGCCGCGCGAGAUCGCGCGUCGGCCCCGUCGGUGCCGAGCCGCCGGAGAAGAGAAAGCAAGAGAGGUAGAGAGAGGGAGAGAGAGAGAGGCAAGUGAAGGGGUAAACCCAUGAGGGGUGCCCGUGCCUCGUUGGGCCGCAGGGCCCGUGAGGUGGCACCGGUCGGCGUGUGGCUGGAGGGGGCCGGCGAUCGGGGGGAGCCUCUGAACGCGGCUGCGGUGGCAGCGGAGCUGGAGGAGGAGAGGCUGAGUGAACUCUUCAAGGAGAAGAGGGAGAGGUUGAGGAGGUUCCAGCAGGAGGUGCAGAGGAGGGUGACUGAGCAGGCGCGGCUCAAGAGAGACCAGCAGCUACAGAGCGCCGUGCACGAAUUUGAAAAGAUAAGUCACGCGGCCAGUUUGGCAGAUGGCUUCCUGUCUAAGAGGGACACGUGCCUUUUUCGAGAUGCACCCGGCCUUCAAAUCUGCAGUCCACAGAGGAAGGGCGUCCGUAUUGCAGCUGCAGGCCAUGACCAAGAGGAGUUUGGCGAGAGAAAGCAUCCCCUCGAGGUGCCCACGUUUCGAAGACAAGCGAUGGAUAAGCUGGCAACGCGGAAAAUCGAGCCGGGUGGAAGUGCGACAUCUGAUCUGCCUGGCGAUUUCUGGAAAGUGGCCGCUUUUAAAGAUAAUCACACCUCAAGGCAAAUGCCCGUCGUACCCAGAGAGCCGGAGAGUCGUGCUGGGGAUGAGUCAGAGGAUGAUUGGACGGAGCCCGUGGAUGUGCAGGACCCUCAGGAGAAACGCGUACAGGGACCCUUGCCAAACGGCGUGACCUCUACUAUGCAGAAACAGACUCGGUACUCAACGUUGCGGAGAGUUUUUCAGGACCUUGAGAGAGAGCGAGUGAAGGAGCACUGCAGGCAAAAGGAACACCAGAAGAGAAUGGCCAGGAUCAGAGCUGCGAAGGAAAAAGCAAGGCAGAUUGAAGAACGGAAGAUCGUGUCGGCUCUUGAGGAGGAGCGGGAGAGGAAACGAAUUAUUCGGUCAAAGGACGAGCAACAAAAGGUGACGGUGACGAGGGAACUGCAGCGAAAUAAAGAAACCGUCAGGUUUAUCGAGGCGCUGAGAAUGCAAACGUUGAAAGAAAUAGAGAAGAAAAAUAUCCUGCUGCCCCCCAUGUGCUUCUGUGGCGACAGCUUCUGGGAUUCGCACCCCGACAGCUGCGCCAACAACUGUGCAUUCUACAAGAAUGAGAAGGCUUAUGCCCAGGCGCUGCGGUCCGUGCUGGCCUCCUGCAACAUGAGAAGUGGACGCACUCGCAGCCGGAUGAUUGCAAGCACGACAGCUUCGCUUGGAUGCAAUUGAUCGCGCAAGAAGAUUGGAACGCAUCUGAGAGUACCGUCCACCGAGGAGUCGGAGCGAUGAAAUGAGUUCGUGGGCCGGUGCUUGGUUGUAUUAUUACAUCGCAGGAUCGUGGAAGGUGGUGGAGGGCUUGGAUAGACCGUGGCCAAUGAUGAUGAUGGUCACCACACACACAGCUGGCAGAUAUAGACCGAAUUCACAGCCACGUGGAACAUGUCUUAAAAUAAGUCAUUUAUUUAAAAUGCACACGUUUUAUUUGUUUAAAUUUCAUGUCCGUUGGAAUAUUUCGCUGCAGAGCAAGAACAAGUGUUAAACCUCGAUUUAAAGCUUUCGUGACUGCAGGGAUUCAUCUUCUUGGUUCUUUCGGUAAAGUCACGUAGAAGGGAAAUAAUAAAAUAAUAAAAAUAUAACUUUUAUUAUUUUAACUUUUAUUAUUUCCCUUCUACGUGACUUUACCGAAAGAACCAAGAAGAAGUGUUAAACCCAUCGCGGUAAUCAAUUUUAAACAAAUACAAAUUGCAGUCAACGCAUACAUGUUUUAAAGUUAGACAUUUUUUGUUCCGAAUAAACGUUUGUUGCUACUG